UAAAUGACUUAGACUUGCUAAUAAUUGUGUAAAUAGUUUCACCAGACAGACUUCCUGAUUACCUGAUUGUCCGAUUUAUUUCUUUGGUGUUAAAAGUUUUACAAGUACAAGUUGUAACGUAAAGUUUUCUGCUAGAACCUGCAAGACGUAACUUAAGUAAAUCUGAAAUGAUAAAGCUACGUGCAACUAAUUAAAACAUUAAAUUAUUUUUUUUUAAACAACGGCUACAACUAGGCUUGCAUGUAGAAUUGUAGAGGUAGAACAAGGCUCUUACUCUUAUUCUUAAAGAAUGCCUAUUAAUAUUAAUAACUACGGUAUUAACUUAUUACUUUGAUUUAAAGUAAAAGGCCUACGCGUACAUCAUCUUACAUGUAGCAAUAUGACUCUAAAAAACUGUUUUAACAACAACCUAAAUACUGAGGAUUGGAUGUCCAUGUCCCCUAACAGUUGGCACAAAAUACCACUGACCGAACUAGCCAUCCCAGGUCAGCAAGUUAGUUAUAAUUUAAUAGUAAUAGAAUAGUUACUAACUAACUGUAUUAUGUUUACUACUGUAUGCAUAUGACUUAACCACCUGUAGGCCUACUGUUCUUAAAGUAAAUGCAAUUCAACAUGAUUUAAAAAAUAAUAAUAGUCUAUUAGUUUAGGCCUAUUGAAUCUACUACAGACUUUUACUUAUUAUAGUAAGUUAAAGUAGGACUAUAUACUAUAAUUAUUAGGCUAAUAUUAAUUAAUAUUUUGUAUAUUGAACACAGACAUAGGUAUUUUUUUCCAAACAUAGGCAUGUAUUUUCAUAUUCAUUAGAAUCAGUAGGCCCUCCCCAUCUAUCAAAAGCAAAUAUCUUAUCCAGAAGUUUGUAUGAAAAUGAAAGAAAUGUCACUAAAAAUGUGUAAGAAUUUGAGAGAAAUUUGUUCAAACUGAAAUUUGUUAGAAUGAAAGUUUGUUUGGAAUUACAUUUUCUUGUUUGUUUUUACAGAGAUUUAUUUAUUUUAUUUUUUUAAUUUAAGGGGAUUUGCGAGUAAGAAAUGGAGAAAAUGUUAAAUUUUUAAUAAAAUUUAUUUUUGUUGGUUUUUUCAAUUAUUUUAUUUCAAAUUUCCAUUCAGUCAAAUUAUUUUCUGUCUAAAAAUGUCUUUCCUAAAAAUUUGCUGUAACAUCUAUGUGAGAUAUGAAUAUGACUCCAAGUAGAUUCUCCAGAGACUUUUACCAUUGCCUGAUAGACAAGUCUGGUAAUCUUAUCACUGCUAAAAUUUGAUUUUAAUGCUCUUGGGUAGCAAGUAGAAUGUAUAACAUUAUUUAAAGUUGGUAAAUUAUAUUUUAGCAUUGUCAGAAUACCUGACAAUGACAAAAUUGGUGAAGCUGUUUUGGAAAUUGAAUACAGGCAAUAAUUCAUCAUAAAACUGUGUCUAGGCCUUAUGUUAUAGUAAUACCAAAAAUCAUUUUGUAUUAUUAUGUACUGUACUCUUUGAACUUUCUACUACUCUGAUGUGAUACAAGUAUAUUAAUAAUUAAAUGUGACUUGUUUGUAAUUUCAUUUUUUUUUUAUUUUCUAUUUCCAGGCACACAUGAUUCUGGAACUUUCCAUCUUGACAGAAAAGGAUCUAUAUCCCCUGACACAAACUCACCUGCCUUAAAAUUUGUGUGUUCUAUUCCAUGUAUUGGGGCCAUAGUCAAAGUUGUGAUUCAGCGAUGGUCUAAAUGUCAGUCUUUAGACAUCUACCAACAACUUCAAGCUGGGAUACGUUAUUUUGAUCUCAGAAUCGCAAAGCCAACAGAUUCAGAUGAUGUAUACUUGGUGCAUUGUCUAUAUGGUAAAAAGGUUGGUUUUAUUCUACUUAUAUUAUAUGUACAAGAAAGAAUUCAAGCUUUUAUUAUUGACCUGAAAAUAUUUAAGUUUUCAUGUUUGUUUGUUGUUUUAAUUUACUGUUUUGAGUGUCUGCGUGUGAGACCAGCCUUAGAAUUUGUAAAGAGAUUUCUUUACCUGUCAACCUGCUGAGGCUCAAAAAAACUUAACAUAUUUUUCUUUUUCUUCUUUAACGUUAUUAAUUUCAGAUAAAGCCCUGAAGUAUGUUUUCUUUUAACAUCUUGGAAUGCUUUGUAAAUGCUAAGUGUGAAGUAUGGGUAUUGACAUGUAAUUAUUGUGCACUGUGUGUUGUGUUUUAUUGUGCGCGAUUUGUCUUGAGUGUUAUUAUCUGUGAUGAAAGUUUCAUGUGGCUAUCUAUGACGCUGUGUUUAGAUUUGCAUCGAGUAAACGCUUAAAAGCUUUUAUCUACUCUGUUUUCAAAUCCCUUACCUCCUGAAAUGCCAUCUCACAACCCCUGGGCAUGCGAACAUCCCAGGCUGGGUAUCUUUGGUGGUUUGUGUGUGGUUAUAAAAUAGUAUUGUCCCAUAUCUGGUUACCAAAUAACUCUAUGAAAUGAUUUCCCUUCGCUUUCAAGACAUUUCAAGAUGUUGACGUUAAACGCACUUCAGGAAUUGCUGGGUUGAAAUUUAAAAUGUUUAUUAUCUUUAUAAAGUAAGAAUUAGAAACAGAGAAUAACAUAAGUUUGAAAUCAAAAUGUUUUUAAGCAACAAGAAUCAACAAACAAAAAGUAUAUUUUAGAAAAUAUUGUGACAGUUGCCUCAAAGGAAAGCCACGUAUGAAUUGUGUACCUGUAAAGCCACAUAUGAAUUGUGUAUGUGCAAAGCCACAUAUGAAAUAGAGUUGUUGUUGUUCGUCCAUCGAAAUCGACGAGGACCAUCUAGUCAUCUGGUUAGUGGGAGGGUGGGUUAAGGUGAGCUUGUAGGUGGCUUGCUAGACCAAUCUGUGCUCGGAAUAAUCUCUGGCACCGCGCAGGGGAUAGUUGUUGCAGACUGUGACCUAAUGUUGCUCUUUUGUGUACCUGUAAAGCCACCUAUGAAAUGUGGAACUGUAAAGCCACAUAUGAAUUGUGUACCUGUAAAGCCACAUAUGAAUUGUGUACCUGUAAAGAUAUAUAUUGACCCUUGCAUGUUGACAUUACUGCCAUGUCUAUUAAUUAAUUAUGGAAAUAUUUUUGUUUUUAGAUGAGUGAAGUAAUAGAAACUAUAGCCACAUUUUUGAAAGAGCACCCACACGAAGUCGUGAUACUUCACUUAAAUCACUUCUAUGGCAUGUCUGUAAAAAAUCAUCAACAACUCAUUGCAGACCUUCUGUCAGGGUUUGGAUCAAAAGUGUGUCCACGACAUGAUUUGAGACAGACAACUCUUAAUUUAAAGAAGUUAUGGAGCAACGGCCAACAGGUUAUACAAUUAACUAUAUUUUCACCAAUUUAGAUUACUUUAAGGUUAACCAAUUUGAUUUAUUGUUCCAGUGUUGCACUCAGAGGUUACCAGGGGUGUGGUAAGACGCAGUAAGCGCUAUAGGCGCAAAAAUCAGCGUGCCAAAGUAGUUUCUAAAAAAUAGUUUUUGCAUAUAACAGUACAAUUUCUAUGAGUACCUAUUCAAGCUUUUUAUUGAAAUGGAACCCUUUUGAGUGUUUGGAUUGUUAGUGGAAACCCAUUCAGUGACACAAGGAUUUGUUCUAUUCCAAAUGGACAGAAACAUCAUUUUCCUAAACUUAGUUAUGUACAAAAAAAACACUGAUUGAUACAGGUGGAUGUGUGUAACACUGUAAGUGUAGCCAAAAUAAAAUAUAAACUUGUGUGGCCAGAAUGGCUAUUAUUUGUUUCUAAGUUGCUUUAUUGCUACCCGUAGUCUGCCUUUGCGAACAUUUCACUGCAAAACUUUUGCUUGGUGAUUUCUAUAAAGCAGUUGAAUUUGUGGCAGAAUGUUCAAGAAUGACACCUCAAUUUCAUCUAGGACAGAAAAAAUUCAUUCUCGUUUUUUGUGUUUGAUGGUGGUCAUAGCAGAAAAUCCAAACUUGCAUAUGUAUGAAAUUGAAAACUGCAACAAAAUUCGCAAAGCUUUCUCAGUCAGACUGGAUACUCAUUUUCAACUAGUCAUCAAAAUGCAUCCAAGUCCAAUUCUGCAUGUUUAAGCUUCAGGAUUGUGUCACUCACAACUCUAAAGAGCUCCUACUCUUCAUUCAAAAUAAACUGUCCAUUGGCACUGUUCAAAUUCCACAAACGGGUUUCUUACCCAGUCAUACUGGUCAACAGAUGUUGAUUGGAAAUAACUGCAGAGAUUGUUCAAAAGAGCAUCCAAAUUGUUCAAAAUCAAUGGAAGAAUUUCUUGGUGAUUUCUUUGAACAACACUGGGAAACAUUUCCCAAUAUCCAGCAGUUGCAAGAUCUUCUAUAUCAACAAUUUCUUCAGAAAUCUGUUUAUUCUGUCAAUUGAAGUCAAGGCGUUUUCAUUUCUGCAUUGUUCAAAAUGUUCAUUUCAUGAAAUAUAUCAACCAGAUAAGCUAGUUUGGCUCACCAACACUCGCUGCGCAUGAUUUCUUCAAAAUCCUUCAAGUCUUUACGAGAACAAAACAUCAGCAUCUCCUCUCUUGGCUCGUAGAAACUAUAUAACAUUUUUCCACAAGACAGCUAUCUUACAUUCGUGUGAAGGAUGAGUGUGUCAUAGUUCACUAACAUGCUUUCACAAAGUUUGGUGAACUGGCGACAUUUCAGAGGUCUCAUUUUCAUAUAAUAUAAGGAUUGUCACCACCAUAUCCAGAACAGACUUUAACUCAGCUCCCGCUGUUUUAACAACUAGUCCUUCUUUGUGUAUGAAACAGUGCUUGAACAUGACAGCUGGGUUCACUUAUCACACCAGCGAGACAAAACCUUUGACAUUUCUCAUCAUGGCAGGGUGCCAUCAGUAAAAAAUGCCAAUGCAGUUCUUCUGUAUUGCUAGAGUGCACAGGACCGCAAAUAUUUCUUGUCCUUUUGUUGUUUCUGGUUCCUUACAACAGAAAAAAUCAUUCAGCAAUAGCGCCAUUGUCAAUAAAAAAUAAAAAUCCAAUAAGCUGUGAUUUACCUCUGAUAUCAGUGCUUUCAUCAUCCUGCAGAGCAAAGAAUUGUCGUGUCAUUAUCAUCACUAGAACAUGACUUUUAAUGUCACUGGAAUCUUAUUGAAUAACAGAUAUGGCACUCUCGCCAAACAUAAUUUUCACAAUUUUUCAGCAUGCAGGCAAGAUUACAGUUUUGGCGCGGAUGUUCAAUUUUAUUUUCUUUCCAAACAUUCUAGGCGACAGCAUAACUUGCUUUUUGAGCUUUUUCACUUAUCUUGAAUAUUUUCUCCAAUGUAGUGGGGGGUUUUUUUAGAGCUCGAAGUACACCACAUUAUUGUGCGCUACAUCUGGAUGUUUAAUUGAUAAGUUUCUCUUUAACUUAGCUGGUGCCAUUGUACUAUUGGCAAGCCUUUCCCUGCAGAAAUAACGGAGCAGUAAAGGGCAGUGUGGUAUUAGCCAAGUAAUUAUUACUGUACUCCAAUGAGCAACAUCAGUUUUUGGCACGUUCGGCUCACAUGAUGCGGUACCUUCUGUAGCUUGAGUUGACUGCUCCUGAGUUAAUCGUUUGGUCAUCAGCUGUGGCAUCCUCUAAUUUUCUCUGCUAAAUAAAUCCGUCAAUGGUUGCGCAAAGUCAACAGUGUUAUGAAAAUUGAUUCAAACAUUAAACUCUCAUUAGGACAAUAAAGGAAACAGUAAUUAAGUGGCUAAACAACAACUGAUUACAGCACAGUGCGGUACUGCCAGAUUUGAUCCGUGGUGAUUUAUGCAGUUAUUUUUAUAUUUACACCCGGCAAACCCCUGGCUGGUGGUCAUGAAGCCCCUGUUGAAAAGCACUAAUCUAUUGGAAAAGCGUUUCCCAAAUUUUAAGUUUGGCGGACCGGUGAACAAGUUUUGAAAAUGAACCAGGGACCAGUGCCAGGUUUAUUUAUUAUAUUUUCUUAAUUUGACCAUAAAAAUUCAUGUUGUGGAGACCAUUAACUUAAAGCUGGUGGACUGAUGCCGGUUCGUGAACCACCAUUUGGGGACCACUGUAUUAGAAUAUGCUGAUAUAAUUAAUAUGGUGGAUGUUAUGAACUCCUGUUUGUACAGACAGUUCUAUGGCUUAGUUGUAGUCUAGGGAUAAUAACUCUCAUCACAAAAUCAUCAACACCAGGUUAAAUACUUCAUAUAAUUCUUUAUUCACAAAAAUGCUCUCAGUACCUUCUUCUUUCAGCUCUCACUCUACAUACUAACUGCUUAUCUAUAACAACAAGCACCAUUAUCUCUCAUGCCCAAAAACAUAACCAAUCCAAAUCACCUGGCAACAGCUGCACAAUAAAUCUCUACACCAAAUAUGCACACAUACAAAUCUAAUAUUACAAAACACAAAACAAAACACACACUCAUGGAACAAAUCAUUAACAGUGGAGAAUUUUUUUAGACUUUAAGAGAAAUUUACAAAAAUAUAACAUUUUAAAUUAAAUGUUUUCACCAAUGCUGAACUGUUUCCGUGUCUUCCCCUCACAGGUUAUUAUAAUUUAUGAAGAUCCAGCAGCCAUCUGUGUUAAGGAAAUGUUCUCUUAUGGCAGCAUUGAAUCUCCGUGGCCAAACACCCCUGAAAAAAAAAUCUGCAAAGAAUUUUUAAACAAACAGUUUUCUGAAAGGCACAAUGGAAUUUUUUUUGUUUGCCAAGGUUUGUUGACAAUUAUAGUAAUCAAGAAACCACUAACUAUAACAAGCAAACAGAACUGAAUGUCCUGGAUAAAGUUUAUAUUUAAGUACAUCAGUUCUAGGUCAUGGUGAAUAUGUUGUGUUACGGUACUGUUAUAGGUGUUAAAAAGGUAACAUAUUUCAGAUAUAUUUUAUUUGCAACAAAAAUUUCUCCUUAAAAAUAAAAAGUGCUAUGGCUUUGUUGUAGUCUUUUAUGAACUCCUUAUAACAGGUUUGUAAGCGUGUUUUGGGCUGUGUAUGGAAUGUCAUGAUUUGUGUGUUUUUACCUGUGUAUGGAAUUUUAUGAUUUGUGAGUGUGUUUUUACCUGUGUAUGGAAUUUUAUGAUUUUUGGGUGUGUUUUUACCUGUGUAUGGAAUGUUAUGAUUUGUGUGUUUUUACCUGUGUAUGGAAUGUCAUGAUUUGUGUGUUUUUACCUGUGUAUGGAAUGUUAUGAUUUGAGUGUUUUUACUUGUGUAUGGAAUGUUAUGAUUUGUGUGUUUUUACUUGUGUAUGGAAUGUCAUGAUUUGUGUGUUUUUACCUGUGUAUGGAAUGUUAUGAUUUGUGGGUGUGUUUUUACCUGUGUAUGGAAUUUUAUGAUUUGUGGGUGUGUUUUACCUGUGUAUGGAAUGUCAUGAUUUGUGAGUGUUUUUACGUGUGUAUGAAAUGUCAUGAUUUGUGAGUGUGUUUUUACCUGUGUAUGGAAUGUCAUGAUUUGUGAGUAGCAUCAGUGGUCUUAUGAUCUGUUUGGCUGGAUAUAGGUUUGGACAAGCCCACAAAUGUUAGGACCAGCCCCCAAAUGAUAGGACCUUUCUCUGGUUACCAAAUGUUAUGAACCCCAUCAGUAGGUAUGACUAAUGAAGGGUUUUCAUACGUUGUCUAGGGUCACAACUCUAUCGAGGGUAUCGUUUGGUCUCACUUGAAACUUUCAGCUUGCUAGCUACACUUGAUGAUGACCAAAUUGGCACCAAAUGAAUUAUUAAUACAAAAUUACAGUUCUUUAUUUACACCAAAUAUAAUGAACUGUAGUAUUGCAUUCUAUAUCAGCAUCUACACGUUCACAAAAAGUCAAAUAAAUUCACACUACACUGACACUAAUAUUAAGAUGAGACUCAUCCACUGACUGCCACUGUCUAUUUCAAACUAAUACGAGAACUCAACAUACUAGCUCCAAUGACUGACGAGAACUAAUUUAACCAUGGACAAAAUUACCAUAUCUCUAAUUAUUUAUAUCUCCAUUCUCUUGUAGGUAUCCUGACACCCUGUGCAUCGACUGUCGCCAAACGUCUUUUGAGCUCUUUAGAAAGAUGGAUCAAACCUUGGACACCAGAACUACAAUCCUGGGUUGAAAAUUCCCCAAAAUCCUGUGUUCAGCCGCUCAAUAUUGUAAUUGCUGAUUUCAUCGAAGAUGGUCAGCUGAUUCAAACAAUUAUUAAUGUUAACACAACUAAAGUCAAUACUGAGGGUUGUGCCGUCGAACAUCAAUCUCAACAACAAUAUCAUUAAUUUAAUACUAUUGGGACAAGGUUUUAUUGUUAUACCAACUUAAUCAUUUGAUCUGAUGUAUAUUUUUAAUUGCAAGGGGCCGGACAAGAUAGCUGUACGUAAUUUUUUAUAUUUUAUAUGAAGUAUCUCAAUGGCUUUGAUAGUAAAAUAACAUUGAAUUUACUUUUGUGUCAAAAUCGCCUUCCACUUCUAGGUUGAAAUUAAUCAACUACUUGUACGGUAGCUCAUUUUAUUAUCACUGUGAGUUCAUAGAGUUCAAGUGCUAUACAUUCCUCAGAUUCAGUGUUGUAGAAAUUAUUGGUCCACUAUAUUUUUGGCAAAGGUUGCCUUUUUCUAGAGGUAUAUAAUUGUUUAAACUAAAACUAUGUAUAUAAACUUUUAAGCACAUAACAUUCCAGAAUAUACAUAAAUAGGCUUAGGGUGCGAAUGCCAGUUUCGUAUAAUUUAGUGGAUGGUUCUUUAAAAUAAUAAUUGUGACUUUGAAAAUGAUGAUUGAAUGCCUCAAAGAAUUUAAACAAAUUGAAUAAGCAAUGAAUAUUUUAUUUUGUCCAUUGAAAGGCAUUUUAUGCUCAGUGAUAUUACAAAACAUGAACUUGUGUAGUUGUAUGUACUUUGUACAAAUAUUCCUUCAUCUUCCACAAAUUUAUUUACAAGAAAUUGGGUGUAUGAAAGUUAUUAUCAAACAACACUCAGAAAGGGGGGGGAGGGGGCAUUUUUCCCCAUUCUACACAUUAAUUAAUUACUGGUACUAUACUAUAUCUAUUUAUACACCUGGCUAGUAAGAUCAAGAAUAAUUGUUAUUUUUUGCUUGGAUAUGGUCUCUGAGAUUGACUGUAAAAAUUUGUCUUCUUUGAUGAUCUGAGACUGUCAUUAAAAUUUAUUAACUGUGUUAAAUUUUAACCAUAGAAAAAAUUGUUUACUAUUUAAGUCUUUACCAUAUGGUGCUACACCAGCAGUUGACUUAGAAACUUGCUUGGAAAUGUUUUUGAGUUCCUUCAAUUGUUGCAUAAUUUUGUAUUUAUUGUACCGGUACUAAGAUGAUCAGUGGAUGUUUAACAUGUAAAAAUGUUAUUGUACUAAGAUGAUAAAUGGAUGGUUAACAUGAAACAAUGUUUAUAUGAAAGCAAACUAAAACAUGUUUCUUUUAAAUAUAUUUUCAUUUAUUUAGUGUUGAUAUUGCACAAGAAUAUCUUGCAACAGGUUUCAAUAAAAAAUUUUUGUUUUUCCAAAGCAUGAAAGAAAACAAUAGGUGCUCAAAGAAAACAAUACACAAUCUCAAACAACAGAAUACUGAUAAAAUACACAGCUUAUGCCUACAAUCUUAACCUCAGAUAAUUAAAUAGUAUGCCAGUGUUUUUACAACAUAAACUGUUUUCUAGUGAGGAGCUUAUUUGAACUACCAUUUAGUCUCAGAAGUAAACAUUGAAAAUGACUGUCUUUUAUAAUGUUAUGUAAAAUUUAUGUUUAACUCGCAAUGUAGAAUUUUAAUUAAAGACUCACUGCUCAUAUUCACUCUUCAUGAAAUGAUUAAAACAAAUGCAUCUACUUAUAAUUACUUCAAACUGCUGACUGUGUUAAGCUAGUCAAUAAUUGAAUGGUUGAGAAAAUAGAACACAAAUUUUAUUUUACCCUGAGAAUAAUUCAAUGAAUGAGUCUUUUUUUAAAUUAUUUAUUCCUCAAAUGAUAACUGUCAAAAGUAUUUCAAGAAUAAAGAUUGUCUAAAGUACUCUGUCAUGUCAUUAAGUACAUUUUUUAGUAUUUGUGUGAUUGUCUCAGAUCAGAUCAAAUCCUCCGGCCUAAAAUGACCAAAAAAUAAUAAAUGAGUAACAUUGGACCAGAUCAAAGGCAAUCUUGAUAGAAAUAGCAAAAGCAUUACAUUACACCAUUUAAAUAGCUUUGGUUGUCUUUAUAGAGUAAGGAAUGUGCUCAUUUAUCAACAAAAAGAUUUAAAAUGUCAGGAUUGUUUUAUUAAUAAUAAAUAAAGAUUCAAUUUAAAAAAGCCCUACAAAACUGAGUCACAUGACAUAGCUAUAAAUAUUAAAUAGGAUUUGGGCCAUCUCUCCUUUAGAUAAAUUAUUAAAACUUUGAUCCACUUAAAUAUUUUAAACAAAAUUAUUUUAUCAAGGUGUGAUAAAUAGAUUUAAAUACUUUCCUAUCCACUGUCUAAUAAAAUAACACAAUUGUGUAUAACAAAAUAAGAUCAAAUGAUAAAAUUAACACUUGCUGCCCGUUAGUAUGUUUAAAGUUGGCAGGCUAACAUCCAUUGGGGUCACACAACAUUCGAUAUGCACUCAAAAUUUGUAGCAUUAGAGCCAUCUCAUUAACUCACACAUUUUCAAAGCCUGCCAUUUCCGAGGGAAGUUUUGUCUACAUAAAAAUAUAAUUUAUAACAAGAGCCAAAAGAGGCAGCUCCUUCGAAAGUCAUUUUGAGAACCACAGCAUGUGUUUUCACAUCCCACUUACCAAGAACUGAGCUUAGUUCAACUUUGUUUGAAACUGAUUAGUGCUGAGUAACUUUUAUUGGAAACUAGUUUAUUUCAUUUUAAGUCAUAGGAAUUCAUCAAAUAAAUCAUCUCAUUUUUAAACAAAUUAUUUUAUAACAGUAGCCAAAUUUGUGGAGACAUUUUUAAAAUUUUUCAAAAAGUAAAAGUAACAAAAGUUAAGAAAUACACAGCUAUUGUGGCCUCAAAAUUGCGAAAAGAAAAUGCAGUGAGUCUUGGAGCUACAUCAAUUAGAUGAAGGACAACAUGAUAUCUUAAAAAAAACUUGAUUAAAGUGGUCACCUUUCUGUUAAUCCUUAAUGAUUGCUCUAGUCUUUGUCUCAAUUCAUAUCUUGAUGUUCAUUAUUUUGAAAGCAAACAAACUUUGGGAAAUAGUGAGCAGUAGGCAAAAAGACAAAUUUGUUCACUUCAUUUAGCAGAGUAAAACAGUUUUGCUGGCAGACUAAAACAGUUUUGCUGGCAGAGUAAAACUGUUCAGAUAGUUGGUCAUUAAUUGCCUUAACUUUACAUAAAGAUAGCCUUUUCAUUUUGUUAAAUAUUGAUAACCAGCUCAAACAGAGGAAAACAGCAACUAAAAAUACUUGAAUGCAUAGACUGAGUAAAAAAAACAAGCAUAUGUCAACACACAAAAAUUAUUAAAAUUUAAAAAACUCAGGAAUAUUUUUACAUUCACAUCAAAGUGCUAUU